UCCCGGUCUAGGGGGUUUUGCGGAAGGUUACUGACGUUCUCUAUAUAAGCGAGCGGCGUUCGCGCACUCACUCAUUUCUACCACGCCGUAGAAGGUUCAGACUUGUGGGUUUCGGCUCGAGGAGAUAUUGCAAACAUGCAGAUUUUUGUGAAGACGCUUACUGGGAAGACUAUAACACUGGAAGUUGAGCCAAGUGACACCAUUGAGAAUGUCAAAGCAAAAAUCCAAGACAAGGAAGGAAUUCCCCCAGACCAGCAAAGAUUGAUUUUUGCAGGAAAACAGCUUGAAGAUGGCCGUACUCUGUCUGAUUACAAUAUUCAGAAAGAAUCUACUCUCCACUUGGUUUUGCGACUGAGAGGUGGCAUGCAAAUUUUCGUAAAAACCCUGACUGGCAAGACAAUCACCCUAGAAGUUGAGCCAAGUGACACCAUUGAGAAUGUAAAAGCCAAAAUCCAAGACAAGGAAGGAAUUCCCCCAGACCAGCAAAGAUUGAUUUUUGCAGGAAAACAGCUUGAAGAUGGCCGUACUCUGUCUGAUUACAAUAUUCAGAAAGAAUCUACUCUCCACUUGGUUUUGCGACUGAGAGGUGGCAUGCAAAUUUUCGUAAAAACCCUGACUGGCAAGACAAUCACCCUAGAAGUUGAGCCAAGUGACACCAUUGAGAAUGUCAAAGCCAAAAUCCAAGACAAGGAAGGAAUUCCCCCAGACCAACAAAGAUUGAUUUUUGCUGGGAAGCAGCUUGAAGAUGGCCGUACUCUGUCUGAUUACAAUAUUCAGAAAGAAUCUACUCUCCACUUGGUUUUGCGACUGAGAGGUGGCAUGCAAAUUUUCGUAAAAACCCUGACUGGCAAGACAAUCACCCUAGAAGUUGAGCCAAGUGACACCAUUGAGAAUGUCAAAGCCAAAAUCCAAGACAAGGAAGGAAUUCCCCCAGACCAACAAAGAUUGAUUUUUGCUGGGAAGCAGCUUGAAGAUGGCCGCACCCUUUCAGACUAUAACAUCCAAAAAGAAUCUACCCUGCACUUAGUCUUGCGUUUGAGAGGUGGCAUGCAAAUCUUUGUGAAGACCCUAACUGGGAAAACAAUUACUCUAGAAGUUGAACCCAGUGACACAAUUGAGAAUGUGAAAGCCAAAAUCCAGGACAAAGAAGGUAUCCCUCCUGACCAGCAGAGGUUGAUAUUUGCUGGCAAGCAGUUAGAAGAUGGCCGUACACUCUCAGAUUACAAUAUUCAAAAAGAGUCCACUUUGCACUUGGUUCUUCGCCUUAGAGGUGGCAUGCAAAUCUUUGUGAAAACCCUGACUGGCAAGACCAUUACCCUAGAAGUAGAGCCAAGUGACACCAUUGAGAAUGUGAAAGCCAAAAUCCAGGACAAAGAAGGUAUCCCUCCUGACCAACAGAGGUUAAUCUUUGCAGGUAAACAGCUUGAAGAUGGUCGCACCCUUUCAGACUAUAACAUCCAAAAAGAAUCUACCCUGCACUUAGUCUUGCGUUUGAGAGGUGGCAUGCAAAUCUUUGUCAAAACCCUGACUGGCAAGACCAUCACCCUAGAAGUGGAGCCAAGUGACACCAUUGAGAAUGUAAAAGCCAAAAUCCAAGACAAGGAAGGAAUUCCCCCAGACCAACAAAGAUUGAUUUUUGCUGGGAAGCAGCUUGAAGAUGGUCGCACCCUAUCUGAUUAUAACAUCCAAAAAGAAUCCACCUUACAUCUGGUCCUCCGCUUGAGAGGUGGCAUGCAAAUCUUUGUGAAGACCCUAACUGGGAAAACAAUUACUCUAGAAGUUGAACCUAGUGACACCAUUGAAAAUGUUAAAGCUAAAAUCCAAGACAAAGAAGGGAUUCCUCCAGAUCAGCAGAGAUUGAUCUUUGCAGGAAAGCAGCUUGAAGAUGGUCGCACCUUAUCAGAUUACAAUAUUCAAAAGGAGUCUACUCUGCAUCUUGUUUUGCGUUUGAGGGGUGGUAUCUGAAGCAUGAUGAUCAGGAAGUGUUGCUGUCAAUCAAUGCUGCCAGCACUUUGAAUCAUGUUUUUAUUGCACUUUUUCAUUAAAGUUUAUUGCAUUCCAAAAAAAA